GCAUUUAAUUUGUUUAACUUGCAGAUAUGAAGCAUACAUUUAAAAACUUUGUUUUGCUGUCUGUUGCCAUCCAGUAGCAUAUAAGAGGACUUCACAUUGUUCACAUCCUUUUCAAAUGGUCAGUCAGCAUGCAGACAGAGUUAAAAAACAACUUUGAAUUUGUACAAUCAGAUUAUAUAGGGGAGUUUAUUUGGUUGUGCUUACAAUACCAUCCAGAAUUGGGUGGAGGAGGGUUGUUGAAGAUACUGUUUCUAUGGAUCUUUUUUGUAAUUUAGGUAUUUACUUAAGAAUAUAGUAAUCAAACAUCUCAGCUGAGCAGAAUGACAGUGCAUCAUGAUAGCAGCAUUGAUUUUUAGCUAGUUAGUAGUCAAAACAAAUUAAUAUGGUUAGGUUUUGCAAUUAUUGCUUCUCUGUAUAUGUAAAUUUAUAAUAAAAAUUAGAUACUCAGGGCUCAGAAAGGGAUGAAGCUUUCUUCAUUUUUUUUAAAUGCUUAUUACUUAAAAAUAGCAUGUGUAAAUGAUUCUAACACUAGCAAUUUCCAAGCACUUCUAAAACUUUUUGAAGUCAUGAAGUGCUGCAAUAUGCCCCACUUGUGCAUGCUAGGUUCUGCUAGCCGCCAGUCCCUAGAGAGGAUGCUGCCUUGCACUGCAGCUAUUGGAAGAAAUUGAUGACUUUAGUGACUUUCUGGUCUUACAGACUCGUUUCUAGCUGUAGGUUUUGUUCCUGAAUUCAUGCUUGUUUAGGGACACGAUUCUGUUGAAGUAAGUGGCAAAGCUUUCUCUAUUCAAAGACAGGAAAAUCGGGCGCUAUUUUCUGGAAAUGCAAACCUUAGAAUUUAUGUAUUUUUCUGAUGAGCAGGAUUUCAGCACCAAUUACUAUUUGCUUUAGUAUGAGCUAACAGUAUAUCCCCUAUGUGUUAAUUGUAUUCCCAUCUGCUUGUAACUACUUCAAAUAUGCGUUUUACUGACACUUAGGGGCUCCAUCCUGCAGCUGCUCAGCAUAUGGUAGUCCCAUAAUCUUCAUUGAGACAUUAUAAACAAAACAGCUAUAGGAGGUGUUCAAAUUUUUUACUACUUGGAUAAGAAGAGCCCUUUCUUUCACCUGUUAAUUGCAGAAUAUUUUCCCUAUGAACCGUAAACAGUUAUUUUAUAAACUUCAAAGGCUGUAAAUGAUCUCCUCAGACUGCUUCCCCAAAACCGCGUGUUUGUGAUUCUCUGUCACUGUGUAGAUCCAUUUGGGUAAAGCUACCCUUGGAUACAGCAUGUGCGCAGGUUGCACAGCUUAGUUUCCUCACUUGUUCCAAAAUAAAUGAAAAUGUUGCCAGUGGCAGACCAAAUCUGGCAACAGCAAAAUGGCCUUUUCAGUUCCUUUGGAUCACCAACAAAGCUCAAUGCUACGAUAUAUUAAUUUUUUAUGUAGUAUUUUAAUGAGCUAUCCGGAGCUAAAUUUUGUAUUUUAAUUUCUAAUUUCCAGCUGCCAGCUCAUGUUACUUUAUCUUUGGCAACAGUUACCAGUGAAUGUUUAUGGCCUGCAGCAAGUGUUGAAGAACAGCAUAUAAACCUCAUUGUCCCAUCUUGAACUUGAAUACAUAGAGAAGACAAUACAAUCCUUUCCUCCCAAUUUGCCUAUUAUAUCCUCAUAGGAUUAACCUGGAGAUGUGCCAUGAAAAAUACAGAUAUGCUAUUCCAGUGCUUCCUUUUAUUUAGUAGGUUGUUCAGUUUUUCCUGAGUUUGCAUGCGUGAGUGUUUUUAUCUGGAAACAAUCAAAUGUGAAUUAUCCUGGUUUUUUGGAAUGCCAGUUUGUUAUUGUUGAGAAACUGGUUGACAAAAUUAAAUCCAUAUUAAAGCUUCUAUAACCGCCAUGAGAAUCCCCAAGUGCAGUUUUUUUGUCUGCAUUAUAAAGGAUAGCUAAUAAUAAACCCGUGCAAUUUUGCUUUAAACAAAAAAAAAAAGCCAAGUGUUAGAAUUCAGAUCACCUAAAUUUAAAACAUAUAUAGGUAGCGGUUUCAGAGACCAAUCGUGUAAACUCUUAAGCACAUGGCUUUAUUAAUGUGACUGUAUUAACACACGUUCAUUCUAUGUAAUUUGAUUAAGACUGAAAUUUUACAUAUAUCUAAGUAUUUGAAGGAUUAAUUCUAAUUUGUCAUGUAUAACAAGAUAGCAGUUCUGGCUUUUAAGAGGUAUUCCCGGUGCUCGAUCAAGAUUGAGUUUUCCCAACUUGAGACAAUUUCCCUGAUCUGCCCUUGUUACUUAAGAGCUUCGGUGCUGUUUUAGAGAUACUUUCAGUUUUGCCUGUGGUGAUUUAGCUAAGUCAUGCUCUUGCUGGUACUAAAUCUGGAAUAUUGAUGAACUAUUGCUGCUGAACUAAAUCUGGAAUAUUCUUGAAGUGAAAGAAGAGUGUCCACAUAAGGGAUUAACACUUAUUUAGCUAAGGAAAUUCCUGGACCAAAAUGUUAAAAUUGCUAUCGUUUUUGUAAAGCUCUGUUAGGAGUUCCUAGGCUUUGGGCAGUCACUUGAGGUGACAAGAGCGGUCCUCCCCCAUAACCCCGCUCUGUGCCCCGUCUGCACAUGCCACUGGUCCCUACUUGUCCCUGUGACUUCUCUGGCCUUGCUGCUGCUGCAUCUUUCUCCACUCUACUCCCAAGUCAACUCUUGGGACUUUGUCCCACAGCGGGUGCAGCGUUCGGAGGCAUGGCUGCUGUCUCUGUGCAGUGGGGCUUAUUUUGGGGUGCAUCUUGCUACAGCGGCAUUACCUUGUGGUUGUGCCUUGGAAGUCCUGCAUGACUCAGGGACAGGCGGUGCCUGGGUGGCAGGCUGACCUGGUUGGGGGAAAUGUCUGUCAGCUGCACAAGAGCUAAAAAAGACUCAAAGUGAGGAUUGUAGAAGAGAGGUCAGAUGAUGGAAGACAUCGUAAAUCUGCCACAGCCUUUCUUUCUGGAUGGACUAUAGUGUGAGCUGAUAGAAGAGAGUUAACAGUCCUCAGCCUGGGAAAAAACCUCAGUGCAUCUUCAAACAAUAGAAUUACAAUAUUCUUAAUGUUUCUGCCAAUUUUAUACCGCUGUGAGAAGUCAGUGUACUGAGUUACUGCUGGUUUAGUCUGCUGCAUGCUAGAGGAUGCUGAUCAAAAACAAUGCAUGUGGAAAUAAGAAUUUAAAAUGCUAACACAGAAGGACCGUAAGCGGAAUUUUCAUCACUUUGGGGUUUUUUUGUGGGUGAAUGUUUCUAAUAAUUCAGACUAUUACUUUAAACUGGAAUUUUUUUGCCCUGCCUGUCUCUAUACAGAUCAGAUCCCAUUCCCAGUUUGGUGAUCUCUGCCAGAGAGCCACUGCUGCUUCGUGCUGUCCCAGCUGGACACUGGGCAACUAUAUUGCUAUUCUAAACAACAGGUCAUCGUGUCAAAAAAUUGUAGAACGGGAUGUCUCUCACACCCUAAAGCUGCUUCGCACAUGUGCCAAAUACUACUACAACGGAACCCUGGGGCCAGACUGCUGGGAUAUGAAUGCCAAAAGGAAGGACCAACUCAAGUGUACAAAUGUGCCUCGCAAAUGUACCAAGUACAACGCUGUUUACCAGAUCCUUCACUAUCUAGUGGACAAGGAUUUUCUAAGCCCAAAGACAGCUGACUAUGUCUUACCAGCUUUAAAAUACAGCAUGCUCUUCUCUCCUACUGAGAAAGGGGAAAGCAUGAUGAGUAUUUACCUGGAUAACUUUGAGAACUGGAAUGCUUCUGAUGGUGUAACAACCGUCACAGGGAUUGAGUUUGGAAUAAAACAUAGAUUGUUUCAAGAUUACCUGUUGAUGGAUACCGUGUAUCCUGCCAUAGCCAUUGUAAUUGUUUUAUUAGUUAUGUGUGUAUACACGAAGUCCAUGUUUAUCACGCUGAUGACUAUGUUUGCAAUAAUUAGUUCCUUGAUUAUUUCUUAUUUUCUCUAUCGGGUAGUAUUUAAUUUCGAGUUCUUUCCAUUCAUGAAUCUCACUGCAUUGAUUAUUCUUGUUGGGAUCGGAGCAGAUGAUGCUUUUGUCUUAUGUGACGUUUGGAACUACACAAAAUUUGAUAAACCUCAUGCUGGAACCUCUGAGACAGUGAGCGUCACAUUGCAGCAUGCUGCUCUUUCCAUGUUUGUCACAAGUUUUACUACCGCUGCUGCCUUCUAUGCUAAUUAUGUCAGCAAUAUCACAGCAAUCAGGUGUUUUGGUGUUUAUGCCGGCACUGCCAUUUUGGUGAAUUAUGUUUUGAUGGUUACAUGGCUACCUGCUGUAGUUGUAUUACAUGAACGAUACCUUCUCAAUAUUUUCACUUGCUUUAAGAAACCUCAGCAGAGGGUAUACAGCAACAAAAACUGCUGGACAGUGUUGUGCCAAAUGUUCCACAAGGUUAUUUUUGCAGUCUCAGAAGCAUCCAGGAUAUUUUUUGAGAAGGUUUUGCCAUGCAUCGUUAUCAAAUUUCGAUAUAUUUGGCUUUUCUGGUUCCUUGCCUUAACAAUUGGUGGAGCAUAUAUUGUGUGUGUAAAUCCAAAGAUGAAACUGCCAUCACUGGAGCUCUCUGAGUUUCAGGUAUUUAGGUCUUCUCACCCAUUUGAACGAUAUGAUGCAGAAUACAAAAAGCUUUUUAUGUUUGAACGUGUCCACCAUGGAGAAGAGCUCCACAUGCCAAUUACAGUCAUCUGGGGUGUCACACCUGAGGAUAAUGGCGACCCUUUAAACCCUAAAAGUAAAGGAAAGCUGCAACUAGAUAGCAGUUUUAAUAUCGCUAGCCCAGCUUCACAGGUUUGGAUUUUACGUUUCUGUCAGAAGUUAAGAAAUCAAACAUUUUAUUAUCAGACUGAAGAACAAGACUUCACAAGUUGCUUUAUUGAAACAUUUAAGCAGUGGAUGGAAAAUCAAGACUGUGAUGAGCCAUCUCUUUACCCCUGCUGCAGCCACUGGAGCUUUCCGUACAAACAAGAAGUUUUUGAAUUAUGUAUCAAGAGAGCUAUAAUGGAGCUAGAAAGAAGCACAGGGUACCAUUUAGAUAGUAAAACCCCAGGGCCUCGCUUUGACCUAAAUGACACCAUCAGGGCGGUGGUGUUGGAGUUCCAAAGCACCUACCUCUUCACGUUGGCUUACGAGAAAAUGCAUCAGUUCUACAAAGAGGUGGACUCUUGGAUUUCAAGUGAGCUUAGUUCUGCUCCUGAAGGUCUUAGCAAUGGUUGGUUUGUGAGUAACCUUGAGUUUUAUGACCUUCAGGACAGUCUUUCUGAUGGUACUCUCAUUGCCAUGGGUCUUUCAGUUGCUGUUGCAUUUAGUGUAAUGCUUCUUACAACUUGGAAUAUAAUUAUAAGCCUUUAUGCAAUAGUUUCAAUAGCUGGAACUAUUUUUGUCACUGUAGGUUCCCUGGUCCUUCUUGGAUGGGAGCUAAAUGUUUUAGAAUCUGUCACUAUUUCGGUGGCUGUUGGCUUGUCUGUAGACUUUGCUGUUCAUUAUGGAGUGGCUUAUCGCUUAGCCCCUGACCCUGACCGAGAGGGAAAAGUAAUUUUUUCUUUAAGCCGUAUGGGUUCUGCUAUUGCAAUGGCUGCAUUGACUACAUUUGUAGCUGGAGCGAUGAUGAUGCCCUCUACAGUGUUGGCAUACACGCAGCUUGGUACUUUUAUGAUGCUUAUAAUGUGCAUUAGUUGGGCUUUUGCAACAUUCUUCUUCCAGUGCAUGUGCCGAUGCCUUGGACCCCAGGGCACUUGUGGCCAGAUCCCACUACCAAAAAAAUUGUGGUGCAAUGCCUUUUCUCAGACUUUUUCAGGAGCUCAAGGGGGCAGAGGUCAAAAUAAAUCACAUUCUGUUAGCAAAUAUCAGCUGGACUCCAGAAGCCAAAAACCAGAAAUGGAGCAUGAGCACUAUGAGCUCGAGCCUCUGGCGUCACAGACAGGUAUCUGUAACCCUGCAGAGAAAGUGACUUACGAAGAAACUCAUAUCUGCUCAGAGCUCUUCAGCAGCAGGCCCCAAAACACGUGUGUGCCUAUGCAUUCAGCUUAUAAUAGUGAAGUGAGUAAAAGCAUAAAAAACAUUGCUAGUUCAGCUGUGCUACAGCCAUCUAUUGACCAACACGCCAUAUGCCCCAUUUUCUCUCAGAACAGGCAGUGUAGCUGUACCGAUGCAUAUAAGCAAGUGGCAGUGAAGUGGAGUCCGCACUCAUGUCAACAGUUGAGCGAUACCUUCUGUUACCAGUGUUCUCCUUCGCCGGGAACUGUACCGAUCCAAAGCUCUGUAGCUCCUAUAAAUGCUUUACAGCAAGCCGCCGAAGGUUACGUGCACCCAGUCCCGCAUGUCCUCCACUGCAGUUGCCUUCAAGGAAGGCUCAAAAGAACGAUGACGCAGAACUCCCUGCCGAAAAACUUUUUCUUCCAGUCCGUGCAACAGUUUCAGGCACAUCAAAGAAUAAAUAGGACAGAUUCACACGUUCAUCAAAACCCAGAGGAAAACGUAAGAACUGUUCCAAAGGUGAUGAGCUCCUCACAGUUUCUCUGCCGAAACGUAGGACCUCUAAUAAUGCAUUGCUCCGAAUGUGAGAACAGUGUCUCAAAUAACCAAAAGGGAUUCUGUCAGCAGACAGACAAGUGUGAUGAAAAGGGUGGUACAGAAGCAAACGGGGUUGAAACCAAGAAAGCCUCUCUGUCAAAGCAGAAAAAGAAAGCGGAGAGCAAGAUAGAUCAGCGUUCUUUGCAGAACGACCGGGUUUUGAAGGCUGACCAAAAUGAUAAAAAACAUCUGCUGAAUAGGUCAGUGAGAGAGGCUCGCUAUGAGGGUUGCCGUGAAAAUUCACACUGUUGUAGCAAGGCUAUCGCAGUGAAGUGCAAUUCUGUUGACUGUCGAAUGCCAAACAUCGAAGCCAAUGUGCCUCCUAUGUUAAUGCGCCCAGAACUUUCCAAUGAAAGUUUGUUAAUAAAAACACUAUAAUAAAUCGUUAAUUUGGCAAUCCUGUGUCUUUCUUUUGAAAGUUAAGUUUAAAACACUAAAAAGGAAAG